AUUAAAUCAAUAAAUUUUAAAAAAUAUGACUUUAAGAAAACAAACUGUACAGAGGACGAGGAGUAAGCUGGGCUAUUGUUCCAGAUUCGUUGUCCAGAACCACGAUCGAAAGCAUUCCUCUCUUCAGGCAUCUUCUAGUUUUGCUGUUUAGUGGUUACAAGUAUUUAAUGGCCUUUGUCAUUCGGCUAUAGUGUUAAUGAAAGGAACUGCAGUUGGACAAAUUGUGCACUUGUAUCAGAUAUUUGAUGGGGAUUAACUGAAGUUCCAAAUAGUACUCAAUGCCAAUGGUAAACCCAAAAUCAAAAGUGGCUGGUCGUCCAAAAAUAGGCUUCAGAUCUAUACUACCGUCUGACCUUGACACUAUAGAGCAUUUACAUGAAAAACUCUUUCCUAUCAGGUAUGAGUCGUUAUUUUUUCAAGAUGUAGUCAAUGGGCAUGACAUUGUGUCAUGGGGAGCUGUGGACCAUAGUCGGCCUGAGGGCCAAAGUGAUGAACUCAUUGGAUUUGUAACAGCACGGAUUGUUCUUGGAAAAGAAAUUGAGACAGGGGAUAUUCCUGGAUGUGACUCAUCCAAAUCAGAUCAAACUUUAAUUUAUAUUCUGACUCUGGGAGUAGUGGAAGCAUAUAGAAAUCUCGGAAUAGCUUCUUCACUGAUUCGAGAGGUCAUAAAAUAUGCUUCAAGUAUUCCAACCUGCCUUGCUGUUUACUUGCAUGUUAUUUCUUACAAUAACCCCGCAAUCUUUCUAUACAAGAAGAUGUCUUUCAAGUAUGUAAGAACACUGCGGGGAUUUUAUUUGAUCAAUGGACAACAUUAUGAUUCUUACCUAUUCGUGUACUAUGUGAAUGGGCGCUGUUCGCCUUGCUCACCAUUGGUGUUCCUCACUGGAAUAGUAAGCUGCAUGAGAAGUGGCUUCAAGUCUAUUACUUCAAGGCUGUGCAGGAAUGAAGAGAGGAAGAUUUCAAGGUGGGUAAAAUGUAAAGAAAAUCAUUCUCUUGUAUCAUCAACGCAUAACAAGAAAAGCAUGGCAAUUGAGUGUACUAGGUAUGAAUGUGUCUGAUUUUUUCUUCCUUUAUUGUUGGUCUGUUUGCUAUUCCCUGUAUAAUAAUACACCCUUGCUUUACUUCCCUCUAGAAAAUGUCAUAUUGAAGCGUAGAAUAGCAUCUACUUAUUGAACGACCAUGUCCUGGUAAUAAUGUUCCACAUGUUCUGUUAGAAGGUGUCCGAUUGUCUGUUAAGUUCUGCAAACAAUUAUACUUGUGAUCCUGUGAAUCGUCCUUAAUUGUUGAUUAGUGAUCAAGAACUUCCAAUUAUUUUAGCUGUAA